AUGACCUACCUUUCCGACCGCGACCCUCUGGUCGGCCCUUCGCCCUCCAGAUCCAACUCUGGCUCGCUCGCAUCACCCUUCACGCCAGUAUUCGCGCCCUCUUCGCCCUCCGGCAGCGAGUCUAGCCUUCGGCCCCCUUACGCCAAUUACUUCAGCCACAGUAGACCGGCGUCAAUGUCCAGCACUGUCAAUAUGGGAUGGGACGGGAGAAUUACAAGUCCACGACAAGGUUCCAUGGCGCAGAAGUAUGGGCUGCUCGAUGCCAGCGUCUACCCAGGACCAUCUGAGCGCGAGCUUGACGAUGACUUGCACGACCCAGACCCCAGACGAGACUCGAGUAUUGAUCACGGCGGCACCAUCUUUUCAGCAAGAGGUCUUGUGAACCUAGGAUGCCUGAGCUUACUUUUGGCGUGCAUCUUGGGACUAUUUGCUGGAUACCCGAUCACCACUUACAUCCUGGAUCGCCAAUCAUCUUCGACCCUCGCCUCGACGACGUCAACCUCGAACGUCACCAAUAUCACCAGCCUUCGCGGUCUGAUUGACCCAGACACACCAGCUGAUGCCUACACUCGCACGGGUUACAACGAUUCGAGCAAGACUUUCAAGCUCGUCUUCAGCGAUGAGUUCGAGACGGACGGGCGAACGUUCUACGCCGGAGACGAUCCCUAUUUUGAGGCGGUCGACCUACACUAUUGGCAGACAGAUGAUCUAGAAUGGUAUGAUCCCUCCGCAGUCACAACCAAGAACGGCGCUCUCCAGAUCACUCUAUCCGCGAACGCUGAACACGACCUGGACUACACUGGGGGGAUGCUUACCUCUUGGAAUAACUUCUGCUUUACGGGAGGCAUCGUCGAGGUUGCAGUAACUCUGCCGGGAAGCCCUACAGUAUCUGGCUUGUGGCCAGCGGUUUGGACCAUGGGCAACCUUGGUCGUGUGGGAUACGGUGCAACGACAGACGGACUCUGGCCCUACAGCUACGACUCGUGCGACUACGGUACGAUUGCAAAUCAAUCGAUCAAUGGCGAGCCCUCAGCAGACUUUGAGGACGGCGCCGGUGAUGAGUACAACGAUAAUGCCUUAUCAUAUCUUCCUGGGCAGCGCCUCUCCCGUUGUACUUGUUCGGGAUCCAGUCAUCCCGGUCCGAUGCACUCGGAUGGUACAUACGUCGGUCGGGCUGCGCCUGAGAUUGAUAUCUUUGAAGCGCUGGGGACGAGUGCUGGAGGAAACGUCUCGCAGUCAGGUCAAUAUGCUCCUUUCAAUUGGGCGUAUACGUGGCCGACGGACGGCAACUUGGUUAUACCUGACGCCUCCGUCACCGCGUUGAAUCCAUAUGCUGGCGGUGCUUACCAGCAGGCAAUCUCUGCCUUAUCUAUGACGAACUCUUCGUGCUGGGAGCUUACCGACGCAUGCUUCGCCGUCUAUGCUAUGGAGUACUCGCCUGGGUUUGACAACGCUUACACCUCUUGGAUCAACAAUGGGAAGCUCGCGUGGACUUUACUGAGUGGAGGCCUCGUAGCCGACAACAAGUCAGAGAUCGCCGCUCGCCCCAUCCCUCAGGAGCCCAUGUAUAUUAUCUUCAACUUGGGUCUGAGUACCUCAUUCGUGACCAUCGACUACGACGACCUUACCUUCCCCGCUACCAUGAGCGUCGACUACGUCCGCGUAUAUCAGGAUCCCGACAACAUCAACGUAGGAUGUGAUCCAGAGGACUUCCCGACCGCGGACUACAUCUCCACAUACAACGAAGCAUACUCCAACCCUAACUACACUCUAUGGAGUGAUAUAGGAGAAAGCUUUCCAGGCAAUAGCUUCCUAGGCGACUGUUGA